GUUGGUUUGCGUGUGGCUAUUUUAGGUAGAGAUAAAGAUAAACCGGACAGCGUAAGGAGCAGCAAUAUUACUGCAGCAAAAGCAGUUGCCGAUGCGAUUAGAACUAGCUUAGGUCCAAAAGGAAUGGAUAAGAUGAUUGAAACUGGCCGAGGUGAUGUAUCAAUUACGAAUGAUGGUGCUACAAUUCUUAAGCAGAUGAGUGUUAUCCACCCAGCUGCAAAAAUGCUUGUUGAAUUAUCGAAAGCACAAGAUGUUGAAGCUGGUGAUGGUACGACGACAGUCGUCAUUAUCGCUGGUGCACUCUUAGAUGUUAGUGAAAAACUGCUUAAUAAAGGUAUUCAUCCAACAGUUAUCUCAGAAUCUUUCCAAAGAGCUGCUUUAGAGAGUGAACGAAUUCUUGAAGCAAUGGCAACUCCAGUUGAUUUGAACGAUAAUGAUCAAUUGGUUAAAAUUGCUACAACUAGUUUGAAUUCAAAGGUUGUGUCGCAAUAUUCUUGGCUUCUUGCACCAAUGGCCGUAAAAGCUGUGAAAAUGGUGAGUUCUCAAGAUGAUUCGAAUGUCGAUGUGAAAUUAAUAAAAAUCGUUAAAAAAAUUGGCGAAACUGUUGAAGAAUCGAAGCUAAUAGAGGGUGCUUUGAUUGAUCAAAAAUCUAUGGGUCAUGGUGGUCCAGUUCGAAUUGAGAAAGCAAAAAUUGGUCUUAUUCAGUUUCAGAUCAGCCCUCCUAAAACUGACAUGGAAAAUCAAGUGAUUCUUUCCGAUUACACUCAAAUGGACCGAGCACUUAAGGAGGAAAGAACAUAUAUUUUGGAUUUGUGUAAGCAGAUCAAAAACGCAGGCUGCAAUGUGUUGUUAAUUCAGAAAAGCAUUUUGAGGGAUGCUAUCAAUGAUAUGGCCUUGCAUUUUUUUGCCAAAAUGAAAAUUAUGGUAAUCAAAGAUAUCGAAAGAAGUGAUAUCGAUUUCUAUUCUCGAAUAUUAGGCUGCAGACCUGUUGCUUCUGUAGAUCAUUUCGUUUCUGAAGCUUUAGGCAGUGCUGAACUGGUAGAAGAAAUCCGCACAUCGGGUGAUGAUAAAGUAAUUCAGGUGACAGGACUACAAAAUAGUGGUCAGGCUGCUUCUAUACUCCUUAGGGGCUCAAAUAAAAUGGUCCUUGAAGAAGCUGAACGAUCAUUGCAUGAUGCUCUUUGUGUCAUUCGAUGCCUUGUUAAAAAGCGUGCAAUUCUUCCUGGAGGAGGAGCACCUGAGAUGGAAGUUGCAGUGCAGAUACGUAGACUUGCACAAGAAAAACUGGGAGCAGAACAGUAUUGCUGGAAGGCUUUCGCUGAUGCGCUUGAGCAAAUUCCAUAUACUUUGGCAGAAAAUGCUGGCUUAAAUCCUAUAGCAACUGUAACUGAAUUACGCAGUCAGCAUGCAAGCGGAAAAAAGAACUUUGGUGUAAAUGUGCGAAAGGGUUUCGUUACCGAUAUACGAGAAGAAAAUGUUUUACAGCCGUUGUUGGUCUCUUCCUCAGCAAUCAAGCAAGCAGCUGAAUGUGUACGAUGCAUUUUGAAAAUUGAUGACAUUGUUAUGGCAGUACGUUGA